AUGGCGUCCAACGACUCUCCCGCUUUCCAAGCCACGAACCUAGUAUCCCGUACUUCAAAGCCCCAUCGUAUCUUGCGGUUACCAGGUGACGGUGUAGGCCCAGAAAUGGCAGACGAAGCAAUCACGAUUCUGUCGCUGUGCAGCAUCGAUGCUCACGGUACACCUUCAACAGACAAUAUCCUGCAACUCGCCAAGAGCAGCGAUGCCAUCCUCUUUAGCGCUAUCGGUGGCCCAAAAUGGCGAGAGUACAUAUUGGUGACGAACGCAAACAGGGGCGCCGGCGCCAUCAGACCCGAAGCAGGCCUCCUCACCCUGCUCUCUCUCUUCGCCAUCCUCUGUCCCUGGAAGCUUCCCUCCACCUCGCUCACCGGCAUCUCUGCGCUUCGCUCCGAAAUAAUCUUUGGAAUUGACUUCGUCAUCGUCCGCGAGGAUUGCGGCAGCGCCUACUUCGGUCAGAAGGUGGAAGAGGAGGACUCUGCAAUCGAUCCCUGGGCCUACUCACGUGCUGAGAUUGAGCGCGUGGCGAGGGUGGCUGCAAAGCUGGCUUGCGCUAUGGGCAGAGAGAAAUCCAGAGUUAAGUACUGCGACGAAGCGAACGUCUUGGCGAGUAGUCGUCUAUGGAGGAAGGUCGUCACACAGCUGUAUGAGAAUGAGUUUUCAGAUAUCAAGUUGAGCCAUCAGUUAGCGGACUCGGCGGCGAUGCUGAUGAUGAAGGCGCCGACGAGCUUCAACGGGGUUGUGGUGACGGAGAACACGUUCGGAGACAUCCUGAGUGAUGUGGCGAGCGUGGUGCCGGGGAGCUUGGGACUGUUGCCGAGUGCGAGUUUGGGCGGGUGGCUGGGCGGAGGGGAGAAAGGUAAGUUGAUGGGGUUGUAUGAGGCGGUUCAUAGGAGUGUGCCGGGCAUUGCUGGGAAGGGGAUUGUGAAUCCGGCGGCGAUGAUUCUGUCGGUCGCUAUGAUCCUGAAGUACUCGUUUGGGAUGAUGGAGUAG